AAAAAAAAGGGGCCCGAAUAGUUUCUUUUGUUGCGUUGUCCGAAGGGGCAAAAUUUUAUUUGCAAAUCCCCAGGAGGAGAGCCUCUCUGUUUCAGGUCGCGAAGGGGAAACUGGCCGGCGGGUGGUUGCAGCGACGGUGCCGACUCUGUUUUUCCACCUGGUCACCUUCUCGUUCGCCUCUUCUUCCCCCCUCCGCACUCUCUACUUGCUCUUUCCCUUUUGUGGUGAUAAGUAGCUAGCAGGAUUGAAGAUGUGUAUUUUGAGUUUAUUAGCUGCUUCUGCCUGUUAUCUAUUAACUAAUUUCACUAGGUUUUAUUGCCAAAGAGUAGGAAGAAACUACGAAAAAAGUUAUAUUUUCUUGCUGGGUUGUGCUGAUGAACAUCUGUUUUUAGAGCUCAAUAAUACUUCGGACUGCUCUUGGCUGUUAUGGGUUUGUUUGGUGGGCUGCUGCUGCUCUUAACUUAAGAAUUAAGAAUUUUGUAAGUACUGGUCUAUCGAUUGAAGAAGCUGUAGAUAACUGGACAUUCGUAUGAUAUCUUGCUCGCUGCUUGCUAGUGGGGAUUGUGUUGUAGUAUGGACUUCUCUUUCGGCAAGCAGACGCGGGCUUUUCGUUUUGUGUUUCUUAGAGGCUGUCUAUGGCGUUGUUGGCUUUAUUUGUUAGCUUGCUUCAAUGGUGCGUGGAAAGUCUCAGAGCAAUCGUUUGAUUUUCCCCCCUUGUUGCUGAAUGUUUACGGAUUCAUUACUAGGACAGUAAGGAGGUAAUGAUGGCGAUGGGGUAUGAUGUGGGAUUGUUUGAAAACAUUAAGUAGUUUGUUAUAUGCAUAGUAAGUAUGUGUACAGUGUGUAGCACAGUUCCCAUGUCUUUGUGGCGACUGUAUCCUCUGUCUGUCUGUUUCUUUUUCUCUAGCUGCCCCAUCUAGAUUUCUGUCCACUGAAGUGAUUUAGAAUGUAGUAAAGUAUUUAAAUUUGCUUGUUUUAUCAUCUUUAUUCUUCAGUUGUUAGCAUUAACCCUCUUCUUGCUUUGGUUCUUUGAACAAAGAAGUACUAAUCAUAAGCGCAAUGUUAAUUAUGCAGGAGUUGAUUCGUACUUGUAUACAAGCUAGUAUAAUAGCAGGAUGAGCGGUGACUUGUUUGAUAGACAGGUACUAUCAGACAAGUUGGCAAAGCUGAACAGUUCUCAACAAAGCAUCGAGUUUAGAUUAGCAUUGUCACGCUGGUGUAUAUCACACCGGAAAAAGGCAAGACAAGUGGUUGAAACAUGGAAUCAGUACUUCACCUCAUCGCAGAGAGAGCAGCGUGUCACAUUCUUAUACUUGGCAAAUGACAUCAUACAAAACAGUAAGCGCAAGGGCAGUGAAUUUGUUAAUGAGUUCUGGAAAGUUCUUCCUAAAGAACUCAAAAUUGUCUAUGAAAGCGGAGAUGAGCAGUCAAAGAAAGCAGUUGCCAGACUGGUUGCCAUUUGGGAAGAAAGGAAGGUGUUUGGUUCCCGUGCCCUGAAUCUAAAGGAUGAAAUGCUUGGUAAAGUUCCUCUGCCUCCAGUAGUGAGCAAUGGAAAGAGCUCAAACCAGAUCUCGAACCAGAUAUCAAACCCUAUCAAGAUAGUGAAAAGGGAUGCCAGCUCGUUAAGAAUUAAACUGAUGGUGGGAUGUAUUCCGGAGAAGAUAUUGACUGCAUUUCAAUCUGUUCUUGAUGAAAAUCAAACCGAGGAAGCUGCAAUGGAUAAGAGUAGUGCUGCCGUGUCUCAUUUGGGUAAAAUCAGAGAAGACAUAGAAAGUACAUCAAUUGCAGGAAAUCAGCCUGGUCCUGCACUGGUGGAUGAGCUACAGGCGCAGGAAAAUGUCCUUCAGCAGUGUGCUGGCCAGCUUGAAACUGCUGAAAAAUUACAUACGAUGUUGAUUACACAGCUUAAAGAAGCACUUAAAGAACAAGAGUCAAAGCUUGACAUCGUUCAGUCUCAGUUACAAGUUGUAAGAGGUCACAUCGAACAAUCUAGCAAUCUAAGGAAGAGGUUAACUACUGCAUUUGUCCCCGGCCCAUCAUCUACAACCACCCCCUCAGCGUCAGAUGGCACAAGAGUUGCUGUCGAGCACAUUUCUUCUUCACCAGGACAGCCAACAACAACAAGCACUCUGCCUCUACCUCAGCCUAAUUCACUCUCACAGCCUGCAGCAACGGUUUCCUGUGCUGCACCUCUCCAACCUCCGGCUGCUGCUGACGACGAAAGCAAGAAAGCAGCUGCCGCAGCUGUUGCUGCUAAACUCUCCGCCUCCUCAUCAUCAGCACAAAUGCUUACAUCGGUCCUCUCAUCCCUUGUUGCUGAAGAAUUGAAUGGUAAUUCCUUUAAGUCUUCAGGAUUUGCCGACCUUUUCCCUCCAGAGAAGCGGCCUAGACUAGAGCAACAGACUUCUGAGACCAAUUCAAACAACAGUAUGGCGGCCUUUUCAUUUGGUACUUCGCAGCCACCAUUGCCACCACCUCCACCUCCAAUGUCUCAAACUAGCACGCCGGCAAACCAAUACAUGCAGCAACCUGGUUGUAUGAUGGCUGCUAGCGUGAUGCCGCCUUAUGGGUAUGGAACUAGCAGCAACUUUCCUCCACCUCCCAUGCCUCCUCCAAAUUUUGGGUUAAGCAGCAUGCCGUGGCAGCCUACCUCACAGCAGCAAUUGCAGCCUCCGGAGCAGCAGCAGACACAGACAACAAGUGGAGGGUACUAUAGGCCACUGGGGAUAGGGGGUUUCAAUGGGCAAAUGCAUCAGGCAACUACUACACCUCCUGUACCGAGGCAGUAAGCUUAUCGAACAGGGUCAUUAAAGAGAGAAGACCGGCAGAAGUAAUGAAGUGGGGAAAACCUCUGCAAAGCCAUUUAGUACCAGAAGAUAGUAAUUUGACCAUAUUCUGUGUAUAAAUGUCGUUUAAAGUAAUAGGACCCACUUUGAUGUCCACCUUUGAGCAGAAUUUGCUGUGGGUGGUGGGGUCGUUAAUGGUCAUGGGAUUAUGCAAAUUUUCCCACAUAGUCGUGACUGGCCUAAUUUAACUCCAGUUCUUGCACUAUAUAUGUUAGAUGCCGUGUCUUGGGAAUGCUUCCUCCGCUGUUUAGUUUACAAAUUCGCAGUAGCUGCUUAGAAGGAUGGAUGGGGCGAUGCUGUGUUGUCUUUUAGAUUGUCCCAGGAGAAUAUAAACAGAUUUAACAUGUUUUAUUUCUGGGUUGAUUUUGGUAUUAAGGGAUUUCCUUGACGGCAGGUGGGAGAGCAAUUGAACUUGGUCGGUACAUUUUCUUCACUAGGGAUGUGAACUGUGAAGAAAAGAUUACGAGUUAACUAUUCAUGCAUUGCAUGAUGUCACCGUUCUGGAUGGUCCUGUAAUUUCUUCUUGAUUUUAGCAAUGAAAGUGUGGUGAAGACAUUAUCAGGACUAUUGAGAUAAUGGAUUUGGUUGCGAGGAUUAAUGACCCAUAGUGUGAGUUGCUCCCCUGUGUUU